CGCAGGCGGAGAUGGAGCCUGGUCUCGGGAGGUGCGGGGGGCGCUGGGUGUGCGGUGACUGAGGAGCCUGAGGAGCCUGUGUCCGCUCGGAAGGACAGCGUUUGUCUUCAGUAGCUGCUGAAACGCCAGCCACGAUGUCAAAUAAGGAGGUGAAAGCAGCAUUAAAGAGCGCUAGAGAAGCCAUAAGAAAUAAAGAAUAUAAGGAAGCCUUAAAACAUUGCAAGGCAGUCUUAAAGCAAGAAAAAAAUAACUACAAUGCCUGGGUAUUUAUUGGCCUGGCAGCUGCUGAGCUAGAACAGCCUGAUCAGGCCAAAGGAGCAUAUAAGAAGGCUAUUGAACUUGAACCAAACCAGCUGCUGGCAUGGCAGGGAUUAGCAAAUUUUUAUGAGAAAUCCAACCAAACAGAUGUCAAAGGAGACUUAGCAGAUGUUUAUAAAAAGCUCUUGGAACUCUACGAAAGUGGAGACAAGCAGAAAUGGUGUGAUGUAUGUAACAAGCUUGUGGAACUAUAUCAUCAAGAAAAGAAAUAUUCAGAGGUGGCUGAAACAUGGCAGAAACUAAUAAGGAUGAAACAGGAGGAAGGUGCAGAAAAAGCAGAGCUUCAUCGGCUUUGGAAAAGGAUGGUCCAGUUACUGGCAGACAGUGCACAGAGCCAGGACAAUAAGACUGUGCAAAUGCUUUUGAAUGCAUUUGAGGAGGCAGUGAACUCUGCUGACCCUGUUCCCAGUGAAGACCACCAAAAUCUUUACAAAGACUUUAUUCAGUGCCUGUCAAAGUUUCCUCAUGAAACAACUAAGUUGGAAAAGGCCUGUGGCGACAUGAUGGCUUUAUAUCCUACUGUGAGCUAUCCUUUGGAAGUACUUUGCUUGCACUUUAUUGAGUCAGGUGUCGUGUCAGAAGAGGCCCAGCACCAUUUUUCUAAGCUUUUGGAGAUGGACUCAAGUAGUGGUCCAGGCAUCAUUGGUUUUGGUAUAAAAUGCCUCCAAGAAAAGAAAUAUGAGGAGGCUGUUAAUAGUCUUACUGAAGGUGUGAAGAAGGCUAGCCAGUGUCUGGGAGGAUGGCAUUAUUUGGCAGAGGCACAGAUGAAAAUUCACAAGCACAGGAAUGCUGUCCUGUCCUGUAAUCAAGCUCUCAAGAAUCUUGGAAACCCUGAGAGUCCUAGUCUUCAGCAGAAGAAGGACCUUAUUCUUCAGUUGAAAGCAGAGGCUUUGAUUAAAAUAGGCGAUCCUGAUGCUGCAGAAGAAGCCAUUAAUGCACUUGAGCAGAUUGAGGGUGCAAGCAGCAAUCCAGUGGUUUUAGCUUUCAGAGGUCGGGCUUAUCUAAACAAAGGUUUAGUGGAUCAAGCUUCAAAGAUUUCACAAGAGCUUCUGUUGUCACACCCUGGUCUGGCUGAGGCCCAUGCCCUUGAGGGUUUCAUCCAUUAUUCUCAAAAGAAGUAUGAACAGGCAGAAAGAAGUUUUCAAAACGCCAUUGAAAGAAGGGCUGAAACUGCGGAGUAUCAUCAGUACCUGGGGCUCACCUAUUGGUUCAUGAGUGAUGAGACAAAAAAAGACAAAGGAAAAACACUCACUCACUUCUUGAAGGCUGCAAAAUUGGACAGCUACUUGGGAAGUGUCUUUUGUUAUUUAGGUAACUACUACAGAGACAUUGCUGGAGACAAAAGUAGAGCUCGCGGUUGCUAUAAAAAGGCUUUUGAACUGGAUGGAACUGAUGAAGAAUCUGGAACGGCAGCUGUAGACUUGAGUGUGGAACUUGGAGACAUGGAUACUGCUCUGUCAAUCUUGAAUGAAGUAACUGAAAAAGCAAAUGCUGGUACAAUAAAAUGGGCCUGGCUUCAUCGUGGACUUUACUACCUCAGAACUGGUCAGCCGUCAAAAGCAGUGGCUGAUUUGCAGGCAGCUCUCAGGGCUGAUCCAAAGGAUUCCAACUGCUGGGAGUCUCUAGGGGAGGCUUACUUUGGCAGAGGUAGCUAUGCAACAGCUCUAAAAGCCUUCAAGAAGGCCAGUGAACUGAACCCCGAGCUUGUAUACAGCAUUUACAGAGCUGCAGCAGUUGAGCAGAUUCUAGGCAAAUAUGAAAAUGCUAUAGCUACCUAUCAAGAAAUCUUAAAGAAGACAGAAGAGUAUGUGCCUGCAUUGAAAGGACUUGGUGAGUGCUAUCUCAUGCUGGCAAAAUCAGCCCUUGAUGAGUAUCUUGAUAGGAAGGCUGUGGAUUACAUAGAGCAGGCUCUUGAAUUUUUGAUAAGGGCAACAAAGCAGCGUCCUGAUAUAUCUUCCCUUUGGAAACUGCUUGGAGAUACCUGUACUAGUGUGCAUGUUGUUUCACCAGCCAAAGUGAAUGUUCAAGUUCUAGGAUUGCUUCUGGGUAAAAACGAAGGCAAACAGACGCUGAAGAAAAAUGAGCUGCUCAGACUGGGAGGAAGGUGUUACGGCAGAGCUUUAAAAUUGAUGCCUUUGCCUAACAUAUGGUGUGAUCUUGGAAUAAAUUAUUAUCGACAAGCAGAGCACCUCACAGCAGUGGAUGCUGACAUGAAUGAGAUCAGUGAACUGCUAGAGAAAUCUUUACAGUGUCUCAAAAAAGCUGUGAGGCUUGACAGCAAAAAUCAUCUUUAUUGGAAUGCACUUGGUGUAGUUGCUUCCUGUAGUGCUAUUGGGAAUUAUGCUCUUGCUCAACAUUCGUUCAUCAAAUCUGUUCAAGCUGAGCAAAUGAAUGUUGUUGCCUGGACCAACUUGGGGGUUUUGUAUCUAGUAACUGGAAACAUCGAGCAAGCUCAUGAAGCCUUCAAGGUAGCCCAGUCUCUGGAGCCCUCUUACCUACUGUGCUGGAUUGGGCAGGCUCUUAUUGCGGAAACGGUUGGCAGCUAUGAUACCAUGGAUCUCUUCAGGCAUACAACUGAACUUAGUAUGCAUACUGAGGGAGCAAAAGGCUAUGCCCACUGGGUUUGUUCAACACUGCAGGAUAAAAGCAACAGAAAUACAGAGGCAUAUCUGUACAACAUUGUUCAAAUGAAUGCUAUUCCAACAGCUCAGGCGGUAAUGACCAAAUAUACAGAAAGAAAUCCAGAUGAUGCAUCUGCUUUCACGAUGCUUGGUUACUUGAAUGAGUAUAUGGAUCUAAAAAGCCAGGCAAAAGAUGCUUAUGAGAGGGCCGCUUCGUUACUGAAAAACUCUGAGGAUACUGAGAAAUACAAUAUAGCUAUGCAAAACUAUGGCAGAUCACUGUGUGCCAUUGGUGAAUGUGAUAAAGCCAUUGAGGUUUAUACAUCAAUACCUCUAACUGAUUUUGAUGGCAUUGUGGGGAUAGCGUUAGCCUACUUCAAGAAAGGACUCUUACAAGAAAGUAUUAAAGCCUAUGAGAAAGCCUUGUCUGUUGCUGACUCUGAACAAGAUAAAGCACAUAUCCUGACUGCCUUGGCAAUAAUAGAAUAUAAGCAGAACAAAGUGGAUGCUGCAAAGACGCUACUGUUUAAAUGCUCAUUAAAGGAACCUAGUACAGAAAGUCUGAAGGCUUUGUGCACUCUAGGACUGGUAAAGCAGGACGUUACACUUGCGACAGCAGCCUUAAAAGAAUUACUGAAGCACGAGAAAGGAAAAGAUGGAAUUUAUGAAAGGUGCCUUAUUGCAUCUGCUGUUUAUGCAUUACAAGGUAGAACCGUGGCAGUCCAGAGAGAAGUCUCAAAAGCAAUACAUAGUAAUCCUGAUAAUCCCGCUCUGUGGUCUCUUUUGUCUCGACUAGUUCCACUGUAUACAUUACAGAAGGCAAAAGGUGGAGCUGUGGCAGGAAACAUUGCACAUACACUUGAUUCAAGCUAUGGAAAGGAAGUCCUACUAAAUGUUGCAGUUAAUCAGCUGGCAGCAGGAUGUCACAUGUUAAAAGAUCAGAGGGAAAAUCCUCUGAAAAAUAUUCAGAAGGCAAUCCACCUCUGUCCAGAUAACCCUGCUGCAUGGGCAGUGCUAAUGGCGGCCUGUCACGCUGAGAACACUGUUGUCUGUCUAAACAACACUCAGCCAAAGCGAACAGGUCUAGAGAUGACAUUUGUAUCUACAAUUUCAGCCAAAACCAGAGAAAAUAACCUUCCACGUAAUUACAUCCAGACUCUCGAAGAUUGGUCUCUGUGUCAAGCUAUCACCAGUCUAGAGGAGACUGGUAGAAUCUCAGAAGCUGAAGCACUUUGUACGAAGGGUUUAAAGAGCUGUCCUGAGCACCCAGCUCUGUUUUUGCUUUUGAGACAAGUUCAGUGUAAGCAGCUGUUGCAGUCUCACAAAGAGCUUCCAGAUACCAUCCUGGAGGAGCUUCGCAAAACAGUCAUGAGCAGUUCUUCAGUUGCAGCCUGGCAAUGGCUGGCAAACGUAUACCAGUCCCAAAGAAUGAUGGUUGGAGCAGAGAUGUGUUACAGAAAGAGUCUGCAGUUGGCGUCACAGCAGGGCAGCUGGAGUGGGAAGUUAUCCAGUCUGCUCAGGCUGGCUAUGCUAGCACUGGAAAUCUGCAUGGCUAAUGUCCCAAAUGAGCACUGGCCAUCCUUGGUUCAGGAGGCAACAACUGAAGCUUUGAAACUCUCAUCCUGCCCCUUGGCAUCUCUCCUGCAAGCACUGCUACAGUAUAAUCGCAAAAUGGGAGCAAGGGAGACUCGUCGAAUGUUGGAAAGAGUGGUCUACCAACCAGGGAAUCCAGAAUCCAUAGUGUCAGUGGCACGCUGGUACCUCCUGCAGCAUCUGUAUGCCAAAGAUGAUUACGAAUUAAUAGAUGUACUUGUAGAAAAUGCCAAAGCUAAUGGGGAUGUUAGAGCUCUGGAACUAAACAAGAAAUUGUCAUCAAGUGCCUAGUAUAUACUAUCUGAAGAGGAAAAUAUUCUACUCAAGCAACUUAAUCAGGCCAUUCUUCAGGAGUAUGUGUGGUUUGGGCUCUUUUGUUUAUAUCCAGGUUUGUUACUUGUUGCCUCAGCUGCAGCUUUCUCCUUAGUUUCAUUGUUUCUUUUUUGUUUUGUUUUUUGACAUGGGUCUCACCAUAAGAUACAUUUGGCUUGAAAGAAAAGCCCUGAAUUUUGUUUUUGUUUCCUUCCUCACUAAAAUGUCAGAACUGCUUGCAAUGGGGUCUACGUGUUUUCUAUUUCCCCUUGGCCACACACAAAGAAGUACAAUAUUAACUGCAUUGGCAGUGAUGCAAGGUUGAAAAGGUUUCUACAUUUUCUUUUUUUUUUGUGGAACGGAGCCUUACUGGCUAAUUAACAGCAAACUUUUCUUCCCUCACAAGUAUUAUAAAACAUAUAGAAAUUUAAAAUGCCUCUAUCCCUUCAAUAUAUUUUGUUUUGAUGUUGAGACCCAAAUCCACUUGGAAUUUCAUAUGUGGUGUCAGUUUAUAUGCUUUUUUUUUUAUGUUUUUUGUUACCUAACUUUAAUUGCAGCAGUGUAUCCUUGACUGCAGGCUUCAGUAAAUGUUCUCAUCAAGAAAAGCUUGUGAUCAUCAGGGACAGGGUCAUAUUUAUAACUGUGUAUAACAGGCUGUAUUUAUGUCUUGUUAAUUCUGCUGCUGACUGCUUAAUAGGAUGAAUCAUGACAGUGGUUCUUAAUACGUGAUGUUAUUUUGCCUUGAUGUACAUGAAAAUAAAAAUAAUAAUAAAGCAGUGGUUCUAA